UCCGUCCCCUAGUGCAGCGCGAGAGCGCGGUACCGGUCGCUUCGAGGGACCUGUGUCUUGAUAGAGCGUUUAUAAUUACCUCCGAAGUGUCUUUGGUCUGUUGUUUCAGGUUUGUCACGGCCUGAUCAUGGCUUCCCGUCACACUGUGUUGAUGCGGUUGGUAGCCUCAGCAUAUUCUAUUGCUCAAAAGGCAGGAAUGAUAGUCAGACGUGUUAUUGCUGAAGGAGACCUGGGUAUUGUGGAAAAGACCUGUGCAACAGACCUGCAGACCAAAGCAGAUCGAUUGGUACAGAUGAGCAUAUGUUCUUCACUGGCACGGAAAUUCCCCAAACUAACAAUUAUAGGGGAAGAGGAUCUGCCUCCUGAGGAAGUGGAUCAAGAGCUGAUUGAAGAUGGUCAGUGGGAGGAAAUACUGAAGCAACCAUGCCCAUCACAGUACAGUGAUAUUAAAGAGGAAGAUCUUGUGGUCUGGGUUGAUCCUCUGGAUGGUACUAAGGAAUAUACUGAAGGUCUUCUUGACAAUGUAACAGUUCUUAUUGGAAUUGCUUAUGAAGGAAAAGCCAUAGCAGGAAUUAUUAACCAGCCGUAUUACAACUACCAGGCAGGACCAGAUGCUGUGUUGGGGAGGACCAUCUGGGGAGUUUUAGGUUUAGGUGCCUUUGGGUUUCAACUGAAAGAAGUCCCGGCUGGGAAACACAUUAUCACAACUACCCGAUCCCACAACAGCAAGUUGGUUACUGACUGUGUUACUGCCAUGAACCCUGACGACGUGCUGCGAGUGGGAGGAGCAGGAAAUAAGAUUAUUCAGCUGAUUGAAGGCAAAGCCUCUGCUUAUGUGUUUGCAAGUCCUGGAUGUAAGAAGUGGGAUACUUGUGCUCCAGAAGUUAUUUUACAUGCUGUGGGAGGCAAGUUAACGGAUGUCCAUGGGAAUGCCCUUCAGUACAACAAGGAGGUGAAACACAUGAACUCUGCAGGGGUCCUUGCCACACUGAGGAAUUACGACUACUAUGCAAGCCGAGUUCCAGAAUCUGUUAAAAAGGCACUUGUUCCUUAAAGGAAAGUUUCAUUUACUUAGCUAGGAGAAGGACUUGUUCUUAAAAGAAUAUAUACAUUAAAACUAAUUGGAUGGAAUUAGAACUCCACCUUCAUUCAUUGUUGAUCAGUGACUUAUAUGUAAUUACUGUACUUAGGACUAGAAAACAGAAUUAAAGAAUUUAAGUUGAUGAAUUAAUCAAUCAGACCAAUUUGACAGCUGGAGACUUUAUAAGUUUAAUAUAUUUCUUUUCCUCCUUUUAUGUGGAAUAAUGAAAAAAAGGUUUAGCUCCAAGUGAUACUCCAAGUCAGUUGUUUACUCAACAUUCCUAUCUUGUAAACCAGAUUUCUUUAGGGCACGGUUGUUCCUACAUCUCACUCUUGUUUUUCACAGUAAUUUUUAAAGUGUUUCUACUCCAAUCAUGAAUAUAUAUAAUGUUAUUAUGUGUAUUGAUGAAAGAGAUUUAUGGGGAAAGUUUGUUUAAAAUAAAUUAUUUAAUCCUA